AUGUCCAUCAGCUCUCCCCUGCUCACACCGACUGCUUCGGGAUCGUCAACACCAGUCGUAUCCGACCGAAAAGCGUCAUGGGCGCCACAAACGCGCAACCCGGUCUCUCAACGAGUGUACAAAGUACUCAGCACGAACUUCGAUGACGAGGAGACACGACAGGCUUUACGGACGCUUUCAGAACUCUAUGCCUCGCCUGUACCCAAGGGCAAGGAGGUCCAAAACGUGUCAGCUGAGGAUGCCGAUGAAGACUUUGGCCAGGAGGGCGCUGCCGUUGGUGUGGACACGUCUUCCAACGCGGCACUAACGGAGAGCAUACCAGGGGAAUCAGCAGCUAGGGCAAGGAAGAACCUGAGGAGGGACAUGGAAAACAAACUUGCAGAGGGUAGCAAGAAGUUUCUGGAGGCUUUGGGUGAAGUCGACUCUAAACUCCGCGAACUUCAAGCCCACGUAGCGGCGAUGCGGGCCAGUUGUGACGAAGCUGAGACCCAACUGGCCCUGACGAACGAGUCGAGCAAGAUGCUAUUGGAGAGAGCAGGACAUCUACGCGAUGAACGGCAGGACGUGGAGGAUAAGAAAUCGAUUAUUACGCUGUUCCUGGCGCGGUUCACUCUCAGUGACUCGGAGGUCGAAGCUAUGACUUCGAGGGAAGUGCCCGUUGGCCAACGAUUCUUUGAGGCCAUGGACAAGACGGAGAGGAUCAGAGAAGAUUGUCGUGUCCUUAUGUCAGGAGAAGAGGGGCCAACGAAAGCUGGACUCGAAAUCAUGGCUUGGACAUCGACACAUCUCGAACAAGGCUAUGAGAAAAUUCUACGACAUUGUUCGAACGAAUUCCGGCAAAUCGGACGCGAUGCCCAACUGGAAGUUGCCCCUGGGAUGCGCGAAGCUGUCUCAAGACUACGAAAGAGACCUGAACUUCUAACAGAAGCUCUAACAUCCCUCUCCGAAACCCGCCAAGCUACACUGCUCUCCGCCUUUAUCAACGCCCUAACGCGUGGCGGACCCUCAGGUUAUCCUCGACCAAUCGAGCUUCAUGCACACGACCCUAUGCGCUAUGUUGGCGACAUGCUUGCGUGGGUGCAUCAAGCAAUUGCUGCGGAGCGCGAGUUCCUGGAGAGCCUGUUUGGUGUCAAGAGUGAUGGGCGGAUGGUGGGUAGUGUGCGGAGGUUCGACUCCAAGGGAGAGGAGGAGGAAUGGAUUCGCGAGCUGAUGGAUUUGGCUGUUGGAAAGCUCUGCGUACCGUUGAAGAUGAGGGUUCAACAAACCAUUCGAUCUCAAGAAAGCAGUAUCGUCUCGUAUAAGAUCGCCAACCUACUCCAGUUCUACCUCAUGACGAUGCGAAGAACGAUCGGAGAAGAAGCCCUUCUCUCGACAACCUUGAAAGAGAUCACCGAUAUUGCGUAUAAAGUCUUCUACGACUCAAUACAGACUCAGAGCGAGGCCUUGGCGCGAGUUCCUCUGGACCACGAUGACCCAUCUCUUACUCCUCCGCUUGCAAUCUUGGACCACGCCCAAAUUCUCCGCGAAGUGAUGUCUGUAUACCAAUCAUCGCUUCUCGGCGACGAGGAUCAAGACGAUGUCAACGAAGGCUUCCACCAAGUGCUAGAUAUCAUGGUCGAUCCUGUCGUGACGAUGUGCAUUUCACGUAGCGAAGAGAAGAAGAAAGCUCGACCGAGAUGGGAUGUCGCUGUUUUUGUGCUAAAUUGUCUGUGUUAUCUUCAGACGGUCCUUGCCUCAUUUGACUUCACGGCCAAGAAGCAAGCAGAAAUACGGACCAUUCUUGAUCAGCGGAUAUCGAUUCUAACCAACGAACAUAGUGCCAACGUCUUGCAGGACGCUGGUUUGCUUCAAGUUGCAGAGGCUUGCCGGAAUCGCACAACCAGCGAACCCCUGUCCCGAAUUCCGUCAACUCAACUCGCUGACCUCCAACGUGCAUUGCGGCGUUUCUCUCAGUGGCUCUCAGGACUUGAAGUUGUUCACUCCCCGCGUCUCGCCCAGCUUACGGUCCAGAAGCUUCAUUCGCAAAUCCACCAGGCAGCGUUGGCCAGACUGGCCAAAACAUACAGAAUGAUCUGUGAGGAGGUGAAGAAACCGGAGAACAGAUACGAGGCGGCAUCGACGCUCCUGGGUACCGAGAGACCGUUCGGGCAGAUACACUUGCUUUGGCAGAUCUUUGGGUUGGAGGAAGAGGAGAGUAGCAGUGAAGAGGAGGACGAUGAUGACGACGACGAUGAUGAUGAAGGCGAAUCAGAAGAUGACAGCGAUGAGAAAUCGUAG